AUGAUAUCAGAGCAGUUCAUUCCUACAAAGCCUGAGGAUGGACUGGAUAUGCUAUUGUGCAUUCUCUAUGUAUGUGUCUAUGUGCUAUUAGGAUAUCUAACUGAUAUGUGUAGCAUACAUAUUCGGACCAAAUGUCGACUCGCGAAUCUGAGCGAGGUAACUGGAAGGAGAAUCCUAGGACCGAACCAAUGCGAGGACCCCGAGAUAGAAGCUUGGGUAAUUGGUACGAGCAACACAGGUCAAUACUAUAGGUCCAUGACCCUUACUGAUUUCCUCAAGAGUGGUCCAUCCCAGUUUAACGGAAAUGCCAAUGCGCUAGGGGCUGAUUGGUGGUUUCGAGAUGUGGAGAGAUUCUUAUACACUCAGCACAUACCGGAAGUACAGUCGGUUGAAAUAGUGACUUACAUGUUGGAGGGAGAUGCUCAGGAAUGGUGGCAGGAUUUAUAUCACACCUUGCAGAUGGAGUUAACAGAUAUCCCUUGGAGUAGAUUCAAGACGGAAUUCUACGGAAAAUAUUUCUUACAUGCUAUUCGCAUUGCAAAAGAAUUGGAGUUAAUGCAACUGAAGCAAGAAGAUAUAUCGGUUGCUGACUAUACCCGUGAAUUCAACAACUUGUGUCAUCUCUCAAGAGUUUGUCAAGGAAAUCCAGCCGACUAUGAGGCGUGGAAGUGUGUUCAGUAUGAGAAAGGGCUUAGAAGAGACAUCUUCAACUGCGUGAGUCCGCAAAGGUUAAUGGAUUUCCCUGAAUUGGUUAUGAAAAGUCAAUUCGCAGAAUGUUACUCCAUGAAGUCAGCAAUGUUACAGGAAGGCUAUGGAGAGACUACUCUAGAUGAGCCGCACAGAGCCGGACUAGGCGUUUGUUACAAGUGCUGGAAGCCGGGGCAUAUAGCUCGAGACUGUCCACACAAGAAACGCCGAGAUGCAGACGAAUCUGAUCUUCAGACCCGAGGUAACCAUAAGCUAGCAGCCGAGUUUUAA